CAGCUGCUACAGUGUGCUACACAAGCUCACCUCUAACCACUCGCAUUGUACUCUGGACCUAUGAGCACACACACAAACACACACACACACACACGGUACGGGACCUCAAACAUGGAGUGAACCAGCUUCAUUUGUUUGGAGAUUGAAGGACUACCCAGCAGUAACCAGAGAUGAAUAAAGCACCUCUUCUCCCAGUGAUCCAGGCAGGGGACGGCAGGACACUGUCCAGAGCACAGUUUCUCUCACUGCUCAACACCUACAACUGCUUCCUAAAGGACCACACUCAACUGCACCUCAGUUACUCUCAGGGUGGUGAUGGAAAGGUGGUGGUGGAAGGCUUCCUGAAUAUCUCCUGGGGAGUACGGAGACCCAUCCGGCUGAAAAUACAGGACGAUAAACAGAUGCUCACCUUUGCUCCUAUGUUCCCACCUGACCCCACCAGUCCACUCAGCCCCAUUGGAGACAAGAGGGGGAUGUCGCGGUGGGGAGAAUAUGUUGACCUCCACCAGAUAGAUGAGAUGACUGACACACCACAGGACUCAAUAGUCACCAAACCUUUGCCAGGCCCAGCUGUUUAUGAGACGACCACAUUGCGUCCUCUGAGGCGGAAGAACUCGGAGCUGGAGGCGGAGUCCAACCUGUUUCGCUGUAUGAGUGACGCCUCGUUGGUCAAGAGGAGGAGGGGUAGGGGGAAGUCAGCAGCACAAAUAGAGAAGGAAAGACAGCAUCGCUUUUCAAUCAAUGGACACUUCUAUAACUAUAAGACCGCUAUCUUCACCCCAUCCUUCGGCACACCAACUAAAGUUCGCAUCUCCAGCAGUAUGAACACAAACCAGGUCAUUGAACAGCUACUAACCAAGUUCAAGAUAAUGAACGAUCCCCAGGAGUUUGCUCUGUACUGUGUUCACCAGAGUGGAGAAAAGAGGAAGCUCAGUAACAAGGACCAGCCACUAUGGGAGCGCAUACUACAGGGACCCUCUGAUGACAUCAUGAAGAUCUUUUUGAUCGACAUGGACGAAGAAGAAGUCAGCAACGAUGUAGCCCAGUAUCUGAACUUGGAGCUUCCUAUCCUGGAGCAGGUUCUACUGAAACUCCGAGAGGAGGAGAACAGAGAGAUACAGAGAGUCAUUAACAAGUACCACCAGCAGCAUAGACUCCUGUCCCACAUGCUGACCUCUAAGAUGUCGCCUCACAUUGAGACCAGCGUCUGACGACUGACCGGCUCUAGCAUCACUGUAAGGAUGAAGGAGUAGCUGUGGAGAAUGCUACAAAUACCACCUACCUGACGUACUGUCAAAAUACAUGGUUCAUUUGCAAGUCUUACAAACUGGGUCACUUUUAUCAUUUGUAUUCAUUUAUUCACAUUAUAUUUUUUUUCUUACAUGUUUUUAAUCUGUAAAAUAAGUACAACAUAUGUUUAUAAGAAACAGCUGUAAAUAACUGUAAAUUAGUGUUUAUUAUUAAAUAUAUGUUGCGGGACCAGCA